UCGGGUUUUUUCAAUGUUCGAUAUCCGACACAGUUUUCACCACGUCGCAGUCCGACCAGAAGACCGGCCCAAAACCGCUUUUGUCCUAUUCGAGGGCACGUGGCCAUGGAUCCGGUGUCCCAUGGGAAUUUGCAACGCCCCCGCAACAUUCCAGCGGGCCAUGAAUAUGGCCUUCGCCGAGUUCGUUAACAAAACCCGUUUGACACAGCCGUUGAUAAACUUCUGUGUGAUUGUGUACAUGGAUGAAAUUUUGGUCUUUUCCAAAACCUACGAGUACCAUGUGGAACAUGUCGAAUGGGUGUUGCAUGCGUUGAAAGAUGCGGGGUUCAAAGUGGCUCUGGAGAAAAGCGAGUUCUUUUUGUCCGAAAUUUCCUUUUUGGGCUACAUCGUCACGGUCGAGGGACUGAAACCGGAUCCCAGGAAGGUAGCAGCGGUUCGAGAAGCCCCGGCCCCGGUCACGCUCACUCAGGUUCGAGCCUUCCUAGGGCUGGCCUCUUAUUAUCGACACUUCAUUCGGAGCUUUGCCUUCCUCGCCAAGCCGCUGCCGAACCUGCUGAAGAAGGAGGAGCAGCUGAUCUGGACGCCGGAAUGCGAGGCGGCUUUUCGGGCACUCAAGGAGGCUCUGACAUCGGCACCUGUGUUGGCGCGUCCGGAUCCGACACGACAGUUUGCGCUGCAUACCGACUGGCAGCCGCAGGCGAUAUCGGCGGUGCUGACUCAGCAAGGAACGGAUGGAAGGGAGCAUGUCAUCGAAUAUGCGUCGAAAACACUGAGUCAGGCGCAGUCAAACUACGAGGCGUGCAAGGGUGAAUGCUUGGCGGUGGUGUGGGGGGGUUCAACACAAGUGAUCGCGAGCGAGGAAGAGAUCCAGCCACGAUUGCGGACGGCGGCUUCCCCGCGGAGAACGUACAACGCGGUCGUCAUCCUGGAUUACAUUGCGCAGCGCGAGGAGAGGUUGAAGGGCUUCCCGGAGGAAAAGCCGUUGCGGCCUCCCUCGUCGUAUCCCAGACCGGCGCCCAAAGGCCCCCAAGAAGACGCCGAAGAGGAAGAGACGCCACUCGUCGCCAGGAGCGCAGAGCAGCAGAAUCGGCGGCGGCAAGGAGGUGGUUCAGCCCGUGCGCACGCGGAAUCUUGACCCAGUGCCUGGGAGUGCGGGGACGCUGGUUAAGGAGACUGUCGUGCCAUCGCCGCCCUUCCCGCGCGUGCCCGAUCUCAAUCU